AUGGCUCUCCUCACUCAGUCAGAGACUCUCGCCUUCAACGGCUUCCUCUCCUCCAUCGACUUUGGCGACGCACUCGAAUGGAGCGGUCUCUCCCCCGACGAGAUACCCCUGAUGCCCUCCCAGGGCAAGGAGGCCGCCCUCGCCAAGGCGACCAAGGAUCUCAUGUCGCUCGAGGCGUCCCUCCGCCAUGAAGACCCGGGGGUUCACUCACAGACGAAGCAUCCUAUCGAUGUCGUCAGCGGUAGUUGGGCCUGGUUUCCCAGAGGAGCGGUAUCCCGGGGGCAGCAGAUUACACUUAUGGCUUUGGUGUCCCCCCGUCGGACGGCAUUCUAG